AUGUACACUCGUCUUUUUGCGGCGCUUUGCGCGCUUGCGACCACUGCGAAUGCUGUCACCACUAUUGAGGUGAAGGGCAAGGACUUUGUCAACAGCAAGAGCGGUGAUCGUUUCCAGAUCCUGGGUGUCGAUUAUCAACCCGGCGGUUCUUCCGGCUUCAAGAAGGACAAGGACCCUCUCAGCGACAAGGACGCAUGCUUGCGUGAUGCCGCUCUCAUGCAGCGCUUGGGUGUGAACACCAUCCGUGUCUACAACUUGUCGCCCAGCCUCAACCAUGACGACUGUGCUUCCAUCUUCAACGCGGCCGGCAUCUACAUGAUCCUGGACGUCAACUCCCCUCUGUACGGCAGCUACAUCGACCGUACCGCCCCCAAGAGCAGCUACAACGCCGUCUACUACGAACAGGUCUUCGGUGUUAUCGAGGCCUUCAAGAACUACCCCAACACCCUCGGUUUCUUCGCCGGUAACGAGGUGAUCAACGAGCAGAGUGUCAAGGAGGUUGCCGCUUACAUCCGUGCCGUCCAGCGUGACAUGAAGGACUACAUCAAGAAGAACGUUGACCGCUCCAUCCCUGUGGGUUACUCCGCCGCUGAUAUCCGUCCCUGGUUGAUGGAUACCCUGAACUACUUCAUGUGCGAGGACUCGGACGAGCCCACCUCCCACUCUGACUUCUUCGGUCUUAACUCCUACUCGUGGUGCGGUGAAUCGUCCUACACGAAGUCCGGUUACGACGUCCUGACCGAGGACUUCAAGAACGCCUCCCUGCCCGUCUUCUUCUCCGAGUACGGCUGCAACGAAGUGACGCCUCGUGUCUUCACCGAGGUGCAGGCCAUCUACGGCGAGGAGAUGACCCAGGCCUUCUCUGGUGGUCUGGUCUACGAGUACACCCAGGAGGCCAACAACUAUGGUCUCGUCAAGCUCAACGACAGCGACACUGCCACUUUGCUCGUCGACUAUGAGAAUCUGCAGAAGCAGUAUGCUAAGCUCGACAUGGACCGCAUCCAGGCCUCCAACUCGACCCAGACUUCCUUCAAGGCCCCCAAGUGCAGCUCGGACCUGAUCAAGAACGGUACCUUCCUGAGCAAGUUCGACCUGCCCUCCCGUCCCUCCAAGGUCCAGGACAUGAUCGACAACGGCCUGUCCAAGGCCAACACCGGCAAGCUGGUCGACAUCUCCACGACCGCCAUCACUCAGAAGAUCUACGACCACACCGGCAAGGAGGUCACCGGUAUCCAGCUGAAGGCCCUUUCCAGCGGCGAGUCCAACACCCCCGGUAACAGCACCUCCGGAAGCUCCAGCUCCGGCAGUGGCAGCGACUCCGACAACACCAAGGAGAGCGCUGCAGGCAGGAUGACCGCUUCCUUCAUGGGUCUGGUGGUCGGUGCCGUCGUGGCCGCGGUCUCCGUGCUGUAA